AUGGGAUUUUUAUAUCCCUAAAUCCCCCUCAUAGAUUACGAUACUAAUGCUAGGUUUUUCAAGGAGAGAUUAUACAUAUUGUGUUAUUGCCAGAUAGCAAUGAUAUUGGUCUACUCAACAUAUAUUUCAUUUGAGCACUAAUUCCUAUAGUUGAUCACUCUAUUCAUUUUAUAUUCAGCCUAUCUUUCAUUAUACUUCUACACUUGUAUAAUUUUGCUUGUUAUCACGAUUAUACAAUUUACAUUCUUUGCCUCCUCUUCACGAAUGAGGGCAGAUAUCCCAGAUAUAUUAGUUUUUGUUGUUGCAUGCUACUAUAUAUUAUUGAUCUACUAUAGCUAUUAAGCUAAUAGAUGCUUUAGAUAUCAUUUUGAUAUGCAAUUUGGCGAAAAGUUCUCGAGCUUGGAGGAAUUUUUCAAAGCUUUUAAUGAAAUAAAAGAAUUUGAGAAAUAUCUUAAAGUCAAACAAUACUAGUAUUAAUACUCAUAAGAAGUUAAUGUAAAAAAAGAAGUAUUUUAUUUGGAUGAGGAGGAAUAGAAAGAAAAUGAAGGAGCUAGAGAGGGUAUAUUAAACCAAAAUUUAAAGAAUAAGCUUGGGAAUGUAUUUUAGCCUUUAGUUGAAAAUCUAUUGGAUAAAAAUGCUAUUGCUCAAAAUGAAGGUAUCUACUUUGGCAGAAAUACUUAUAUGCCGUUGCUCAAUGAUCCAAGAACGAAUUGA